GCGCGCUUUGACCAUCCGUCAGUCGCAUUUCUGCCAUUGAACCAUGGACAUGAUUUUAUAAAUAAAAAAAAAGUUUUAGAAAUAAAAGUGAAAUUAAAGGAACGUAGUAUAUUUUGAAGUAUAGGUAUAUUCAUUGAUGGGAUGGUGUCUAAAGGGGUACUAUUGACAUGCCACGGGCUGGUGUGGGCGGCGGCGCUCGCCCUGGCGUUGUGGGCGAGCGGGGCGCGGGCUGCCGCACGCUACGACACUGCUACGCCAUACACGCCGCCUUACAACCGCAAGUACAUACCACUACAUGGCAAUGACGAGUCCUACGAUCCGUACCAGUCGGACUCGCCGGCUGAAGAACCUGACACAGGUUCGAGGGUGCCGCCUUCACAGUACAUCAUGAGCGCUCUACGCACGGUCCUGGACGUCGUCAGAAACAUCAACAAGCAAAGAUCUCUGAAGAAAUCACUCCCGCCGGCGAACAACUCCACUGCACUUAUUUCUAAACGAACAAAGUUAGUGAAUGGCACUUCAGUAGGCGAAGGUCGUGGGUUCGAAGACUAUUAUGACGAGCACCACGAGCACCACGAACACGAGACUACCACCAUGAAACCUAUAAAGCAGGGCAGAUACACCGACCCAUGGGCUGGAUACUAUGACUGGAUCAUCAACGAGGGCUCCUUCAAAUUCUGGAGUGUGUUCCAACUCUUCACGGCAGCUCUACUCCUAUACGCUUGCCUAUCUGCCAUCUACUACGCGAAAUUCAACCCUAUUCUGCCUGACUACAGUAUGGAAUACGAUGACUAUUUCCUCGAGAGAACCGUCGGCAGGAAAGCACGGAGUCUCGACGUCUCCGAACUGGCCUCAGGUUUGACUUGGAUGAACCCCACCACCUUCCAGUUUAUACUAGAUGCUAUAUCGAACCAUUAUAAGGAGGAAUAAAUACAAUCGUGGUAACGUAGUUUAAUACGAGGCAACAAUGAUUAAGGAUGAGUUAGGGAUUUUCUGGAUAGCAUUUAUAUAUUGGUUAUUAAAUGCUAACUAUGUGAAUAAUCCUCUCCAUACAAAGUAAUAAAUUAUUAAAAAAUCUGAAAUAGCAAAAUAAAGCCCAGAUUUUUCUAAUUUAAUAUUGAAAAGACUUUAUUUUGGCAGCUUUGCUUUAAUACAUGUUUUUUCUUAAUAGACAUAAGAAACGAAAUAAUGCAAAUUAGGCGAUUAUUUGUAUUGGAAAUGCCUACAAAGUGUACAGGUUACAUUAUUUAAUCAGAAAACUAUAGCCAAAAAUAUUUUUUUUCCAUGCGAAUAUUAAUAUGUUUUGUUACUUUAAAUGAUAGUGUUCUUGUUGCUUGGUAUUGAAUAUUGUUGACGAUAUCUAGCACCCAUUCUAGCUUUCCGACAGUGGUAAAGACUUUCUAGGAUAGGCUCAAUCGCUUCUAAAUUCGCAUUUAAGUGUUAGGCCUGAUUUGACAGAACUUAAAUGUAAGUUCUCAUUGAAUCGGGUCUGUGUAAGAGUGUAGUCGAUAUUUUGUAUUCUAUUUUAGAUUUAACCUUACAAUAUGCUCAAUUUUAGUUCCUAAACCUUUUAAGAAUAAAUAUAAAUAUCUUUUUA